AUGAAAACUGCAAAGCGUCCUUCCUUAAAGUAUUAUAAUUCUAAGAACACACACUGUUCAUUUCUCCAUGAUGUUCUCCUUUUCCUCUCAUAUUUUAUAAACAAUUUUUUAUUUUUUUGUUAUGGUCAUAUUAUUUUAAACACCUUCAUGGCCUUUUUGAGUUGUAUAUACAAUGUUUACGACAACAAAUACAAAUUCACUACAAAAUUGGUCGAGUUGUCAAUAUCAUAUAUUAUUGUAUACACAUGGCUUUAUCGAUUCUCGAGUAAUUUUGAUGGAUAUGCUUUUCAUCACAUUUUUUACUACAAAUAUAGGAUUAUUAAUUUCCGUGAGAUGUUGUCUAGAGUUUUGGGAACAUUGGGUUCGGCAGCCUUGUUUGGAUGGCUCUAUCACCGUUUCUCUGAAGCCAAUAACGACUAUAAAGUUGACCUAAAGGCGACUCUAAAGAAGAUGAUUGACUCUAACGAACCUCUUACGAUUAUGGACUCGUUUGUUUAUCCGAUGUUUACUAAAAGCUCGAGGGAGGGCUUUUUCAAAAAGUAUGCCUCGACAGUCAUGUUCGAACCGCUGGGGAACGAUGAAAAGAACUACGAACUGCUCGAAAAGUACGUCGCCAUGCUGGUUGAAUGCUUUGUCGUUGAACUCACAUUUUCAGUCUUUGUAUACAUAAUGUCGUCCCUAGUGUUGAAGAUUAAGGGGUGCAACAAGUCAGUGCUGGCGUUUUCUUCCUUCGUCAGGAACGCCUUUGUGACCAGCGGAAACACCUUUUUGAAGAGCGUAGACGGAACAAUAACUCUUGAUGAGACAAGGUCGCUUGUUAUCUUCUUCAAUCAGCCUAAUGUGACAUUACUUGUAGUCAGACUGCUGGCAAACAUGGUCGGAGCAGUGAUGGUACCAUUGCUACUGCCGAUGCCGAAAAUAAUGAGCCUAUACGAUUACAAAGAUAUGUAUCCGAACUCAAAAUUGGUAAAAGGAGUGUCAAUAUCGGGAAUGACUGAACCUUAUUUUGUUAACAAUACGCUGAAGAAAACGGAGGUGUACUAUACACCCUGGCCUAAUAGCAUAAUGGGCAAAUACUUUUUAAAGCUGGAAACGUAUGUAAACAAUAAGAUAAAGUCAAAAUAA